GACAUUUUUUCAAAACUAGAUCUUUUAUCUUAACCAAAGUACGAUUUUCCUAAAAAAUUAAGUGGUAGUGUUGGGUGGUAAUGUGACUAAUUUCAACGCUUUUUUUACGGAAGAGAAUUUUUUAUUUUUAUUUUUUGUGAAGUGAGUUUUUUGAGAAAGAAGGCAGCAUAAUGCAACACCAUACGGGAUCAUGGUAUUUACCUUGGGGUGUAUCAUUACAGAAAAUGUUGGCAUUACCACCAAUGCAUCCAGCGGCGGCUGGUGGUAAUCCUUUGUUUAAUCCACACCAUCAUCCAGGUGCCACAAUACAUUUGCCUGGACCACAUCCACAUCAUCCACAUGCUGCCGCAGCACAUGCAGCUGCGGCUCACCAUCACCAUCAUUCAAUGUUAACGGGAUUACCAUCACCAUUGACAACGCAUACAUUACAUACAUUUGUGACAACAGCUGCAAAUGCACCACCAGGUCCAUUACAAGGUACACCAUCCAGUAUACCACAAUCAAAUGGACCACAACAUCAACAAACACAGCAUCAAACUCCAUGUGGUGGUGGGCUUGGUGUAUCACCACCAGGGUGUCGUGUAGGUGUUGGUGGUGGGAAUGGUGUCACAACGAAUGGUGCUCUUUUAAAUGGUACUACUUGUUCACAACAAAAUGUUAUGCAAAUACAAAGAAAGUUAUGUGGUGAAUCGAAUAAAGGUUUGCCAUCAGCGAAUGGACCUGGUGGAAUUUCCGAAAAACGGAAAGCAGACGAUGCUGAUACGAAUAAGGAUUUGAAAAAGGCAAAACUUGAAACGAAAGCGCUUAAAGCAAAAAGACCUGGUUUCACAGAUGACCGUUACAAUGAAACAUCAUACUAUAUUGAAAAUGGUUUACGUAAAGUAUAUCCAUAUUAUUUUACAUUUACAACAUUUACAAAAGGACGUUGGGUAGGUGAUAAGAUAUUAGAUGUGUUUGCACGCGAAUUUCGUGCACAUCCUGCUGAAGAAUAUGAACGUUGUAUUGAAGCUGGUACAUUAACUGUUAAUUAUGAAAAGGUUUCAACUGAUUAUAAAUUAAAGCAUAACGAUCUGUUAGCGAAUGUUGUACACAGGCACGAAGUACCAGUCACUUGUCAACCAAUCACCGUUGUUCAUAUGGACGAAGAUGUGGUUGUUGUAAAUAAACCUGCUUCUAUACCAGUACACCCAUGUGGUCGAUAUCGACACAAUACAGUUGUAUUCAUAUUAGCUAAAGAAUACAAUUUGAAAAAUUUACGUACAAUACAUCGAUUAGAUCGUUUAACUAGUGGUUUAUUGCUAUUUGGACGUUCACCAAAGAAAGCACGUCAAAUGGAACAUCAAAUACGCAAUCGCUUAGUGCAAAAAGAAUACGUCUGUAGGGUGGAAGGUGAAUUCCCUGAAGGAAUUAUUGAAUGUAAAGAACCAAUUGAAGUAGUCAGCUACAAGAUUGGUGUUUGUAAAGUGUCUCCAAAAGGCAAAGAUUGUGUAACAAUAUUUCAAAAAUUAGGUUUUAAUGGAAAAACAAGUAUUGUUUUAUGUAAGCCAAAAACAGGGCGUAUGCAUCAAAUUCGUGUACAUCUUCAAUAUUUAGGAUAUCCAGUAGUAAAUGAUCCGUUAUAUAACCAUGAAGUAUUUGGACCGAAUAAAGGAAAAGGUGGUGAUAUUGGUGGAAAAACGGAUGAACAACUUGUACGUGACUUAAUAAACAUUCACAAUGCUGAAAACUGGUUAGGAAUGGAUGGUGAUUCUGAUCUGUCUAUGUUCAAACCACUAAAAUCACCACUUGAUGAUACACUUGUUGGAAAUUUAGUACAAAAAGAUCGAGUACUUAGCGACGAAGAUGAUGUUGAAUCUGUAUCGCGUGAACCAUCACCAUGUGAAGGUGAUACAUGUGACACUUUAAAUAGUACGACGGUGUCAGCUGCACCACCAUUAUCACCUGUACAAAGUAAUAUUAAUACUACUUCUAGCACCAUUACUGUUGCUAAUAAUACAUCUUCAACACAUCCACCAAGUAGUAGUCAAUCAUCGCCAUCCUCAUCAUCUACGUUACCACCAGUGACGGCAUCCACAUCAACAACAACAAGUUCAAAAGUAACAGUUGCAACACAAACUGGACAUGAAGCUCCAGAUUUAUCAUUUAGUCCUGAUAAGAUGACAGUGGAUCGACAUUGUUAUGAAUGCAAAGUACGAUAUCGUGAUCCUAAACCACAGGAUUUAAUUAUGUAUCUACAUGCUUGGAAAUAUAGAGGUCCAGGUUGGGAAUACGAAACAGAAUUACCAGAUUGGGCUCGACAAGAUUGGACUGAAGAACAAGAAUAAUGACAAAUUUAACAACAUAUAUAAAAAAACAAAACAAACAAAGAAAAAACAUUAGAUAGUAAAAAUUAAUUUUUCAUUUAAAUUUUAAGUAAAAGAAAAAAAGAUAAUUUUAUACCAAACUGAGCUUUUAUGCUUGUGUCUCUUAUCCAACUGUCUUUCCUAGUUAAAAGAAAAAAAAUAUCAAAAUAUAUUAAAUCAGUGUGUAUUUUCAUUAUUAUUCGUUAUAAAAACAAAAUAGAAAUUAACUAUUAAAAUGUCCACAAUUAAAAACAAGAAAAAAUAAUUAAUUUGUAAUUUUUAUCUAUGUCUUGACCAAGUGUUUUGGUUAAACGAAGUUAUGUUAUUAGAAAUUGACAGGCAGAUAAUUCAAUAAAU